AUGUCUGUGCAUUAUAAAUUCAAAAGUGCGUUGGAUUACGAUACAGUUACUUUUGAUGGAUUACACAUAUCAGUAGGUGAUCUUAAAGCUGCCAUAUCCCAGCAAAAGCGUAUUGGAAAGACUUCUGAUUUUGAUCUACAAAUUACUAAUGCUCAAACAAAAGAAGUAUAUGGGGAUGAUAGCACUCUGAUUCCGAAGAAUACAUCUUUAUUGGUUGCUAGAGUUCCGCUUUCGCAACAACCCAAAAAACAGUGGGAGGGAUCAAAUAAUCAAGCUUCGCUUCACAAAGAUGUUGCUCCAAAUAAAGGAUUGGCUGAUCUAUCUCGCAUGGAAGGUAGCGAACAGGAUAAAAUAAAUGCUAUGAUAUCACAAUCCACCUUUGACUACGACCCUAGCAAUUAUCAGAAAAUUAGAGGACAAAAUCAGAGAGGAGUUGUUCCUAAUAAUUAUAUUUGCUAUAAGUGUCAGAAGCGUGGACACUGGAUUAAAGAUUGUCCUACUGCCAACUCCAGUGAUCCUGUAGAGAUAAGAAGAAGUACAGGAAUUCCUCGUAGUUUUAUGGUACCGGUAGAGGGCCCAAAGGCUCCUGGUGCGAUGAUGACACCAAGUGGAAGUUUUGCUGUGCCAGCUGUUGAUCAUGAGGCUUAUUUGGCAUCCGAGAGCGCUGGUGGCGCCGAUGCACCCACGAAUGCGUCGGCUGUACCUGAGCCGAAUAUUCCCGACGAACUUAUCUGCAGUUUGUGUCGUGAUUUGCUCACCGACGCUGUUAUGAUACCAUGCUGCGGCAAUUCAUUUUGUGAUGAGUGUAUUCGAGGGGCUCUACUAGAAUCAGAAGAUCACGAAUGUCCUGACUGCCGCGAAAAAGAAAUCGCGCCGACUACUUUAAUCCCUAACAGGUUUUUAAGAAACUCUGUAUCUUCUUUUCGAAAUCAAACGGGGUACAGUCGUCGAAUGCCUCAUAGACCAGCUGCUGCACCAGUUAAACAGCUCCCUCCUGUGCUAGAACCUCCAAUUGCACAAGGCCCGCCAGCUAACAACGGCCCUGUGCUUUCAGAUUCAAAUAAUGCAGAAAAGGAUGGCCCGAGUGGGGGCAGAAGGCUGAGUGGAGGGGAGCGCGCGGUGUACCCACGUGGCGGCGACGAAUCAGAUGGGUCGGCAGACGACAACAUAACGCUAACGUUGCCGGCCGCUCAUCGCGCGCCCGCGCCUCUGCAGCAAUCACACGAUGUCGAUCGACAUCGACACUCGCGCUACGGCUCCAGGCCCCCCCUUGGACUAAAACCUCCUGGAAUAGAGACUCCGCCGAACAUGCCCAUGAAUUUACCGAGAAUCGAUGAACAGAGAGCCAGUACUCCAACCAUUGACGAGAGAAGAGACCCUAUGACUUCACAAGUGCUAUACGGUCGAGGUCCUCCACCCUUCAUGCAACGAGGUCCACCAUCCACGCGGCGUUAUGAAAUUAUGGGACCUGGUGGACCGCCGAGACUGCCUUAUAACGACCACUACCGCCCGGAACCUUACCAACCACCUCCGCCUGGCAUUAAAGACUCUCCCACGAAUGGGCAUGGUGAUGAUCCCCUGGAGGCGUUCAACCGGAUGAUUCGCGAAAAGGAAAUGCGUGCGAAGCGACGGGAGGAAGAACGACGUCGCGCCGCGUCUGGCUCGCGUAGCUCUCGUUCACGCACGCCACGCUCACCACGCUCUCCACGCUCACAGCGCUCGCCUCGUUCGCAGCGCUCUCCUCGAUCGCAGCGCUCGCUCCGCUCGCCUCGUCUUACACGCUCGCCGCGCCCGCAACGCUCGUCACGCUCGCCCCGUUCACCCCGUGCCAGGCCUCGCAGUCGUGGUUCCAGCCGACUCCGCUAUUCUAGAUCUCGUUCUAUUUCUCGUGGACGAAUCCGCCGGUCGCCUUGGUCACCACGACGUCGUCGCACUCGCGAAAGGACUUUGUCGCUUACUAGAUCACCUUCCCCGCGUAGACGUCAUCGGUCGCCGUUGCGAUAUCGGUCUCCGCUCCGGUCGCCGUUGGGCCGCUCUCCACUUCGAUCUCCUCUUCGCUCUCCGCUUCGUUCUCCGCCUCGAUCCCCUGCACGUUCUCCGCCGCGGGACCCACUACGUGAGCAAUUACGAGAACCUCUACGCUCACCCCGUCGAUCUGCGAUGCGCUCUCCAGUACCCCGGAACGUGUCACCUCAUCGAUAUACUGGUGUCUACGAUGAACUGUUGUCGCCGCCCCGACGUAGUGUUGAGCCACCUUACGGAGCCAGAUAUGGACAAAGAGGCAGUGCACAACCAUCUGUUUACCCACCAAUACCAGUAAAACAGAUCCCACCAUUGGGGAGUCUUCCUAUACAAUCGGAACCGCCGCCUGUUUAUAGAGGUCGCUAUGAUGUUCCUACAUUUGAUGAAAUACCACCCGGUGUAGAACCACCAGUACCUGGCUUUGAACCAUCCCCUUUUGAAAAACCGCCUCUCGGUCCACCAGGUUCUAUUGAUCGAGAUAGACCUUCAAGCUAUAGAGAUCCUUAUAGACCACCGCCAUAUGGUGAGGUAGCUGCAGGAUAUAGAGAUGUACCGCUUACAACUCCUGUUCAAAGCGAGAUACCUGUUCAUGUGGGGGAGCAAACAGCUCGCUUUAGGGAUAAUUAUCGACCGAAUCAUUAUCGUGAUCAAGGAUCGGUACCAUUUAGAGAUUUACCUUACCGAGAAGGCCCACAAGCUGGUCUUUACCGUGAACCGAAUUACAGAGGAGGAGCAAGACAAUUUCGAGAUAGUGCCUAUAGAAAUGUGCCAUACAGAGAUGGGGCAUUCCGAGACACCCCAUCUCAUAAUAGAUUUCCCGAGCCCGGCGUUACUUUUCGACCCCCAAGUGCAGAUCCCCGAGAAUCAGUACCACCUCCUUACCAUGAUCCUAAUUUCCGUGAUGCUUAUAGGGAAGAGGGUAGUGCUCCUCGUGAUCAUACUCGACCGGGAUAUAGAUCUAAUAUUCGUAAUAGAGGAGGGCCAAGGCGCAAUCAAAAUCUUGAACAUGAGAGACAUCGGGAUCGAGAACCGAAAGAUAGAGAAAAAUACAAAAAUGAAAUAAAUGAAAAUCGUGAAAUAGUAGAGAAAUCGGAAAGGAGUCGAGAUCUUGAUAGGCGAUCAGGAUAUGAUAAAUCUCGCGAGCUGCGCGAAGGCCGUGAUGAUCGUGUCCGUGAUUAUGACAGAAAUCGUGACUAUGAAAAGGAUCGCGAGCAUGAAAGGGCAAGUCCUGAUAAAAAGCUACGUACUUCGCCGAAACGUAACAGAGAAACGCGUGAGAAAAAACGUAGUGAAUCUAGGGGACGCUCUCGUGAUCGAGAGAGUCGACGGGAAAAGAAAGAAGAAAAAAUUCGUGAGAAAUCUUCCGAUAGAAGAGAUAGCAGAGAUCACAAAGAUAAAGAAAAGAAACUCAAGGACAGAAAGAAAAAAAAGAGAGAAAAAGAAAAAGACACUGAAAAGAAAAAGAAACGUGACAAGAAGGAUAAAAAAGAAAAAGAACAUAGCAAAAAAGAUGACGAAAUUGAUAAAAUUGACAAGAAAAACGAGGAAAUAGGACAAGAAGCAGUUGAUGCUGAAAAGCAGGUUGUUAUUAAAACAGAGAAAAAUAACAGUGACGCGCCUGUUAUUAAAAAAGAAACAGAGUCACCUAAAAAUAAUAGUAGUGAUAAGCAUAAUGAUUUGUAUGGUGACGAUGCAGUCGGUGCCGUAGAUAAAGAAAUUAUAGAAAAUUAUGUAAAAACCGAAGAAAAGAGCACGGCGGUAUUAACAGGUACAAAAAAUACUGAAGUUACUAGUAAGGAAGAGCCGUUCGAUGGAAUUGAACUUCAGGCUACUGCAGAUGAAUUAGAUUUAAAGGCAGAAAUUGAAGUACAUAGUCAACCAACGAAGGAAAUGUUAGCAACUUUGCCUGAACUAUCUAAAUGGGAAGUUGAUGAAGAAAACGUAGAGAAGACUAAAGAACCUGGAGAAAUAACAUCCCCUGACGAAGAGGAAGACGGCAGUAAAGUUACUUCAGAUGUUAUCAAACGAGCAGAGAAUGCCAUAUUUGCAAAGGCAAUAAGCUCUUUGAGACCCAUCGAAAUUAAAAAAAUCAGCAGUGAUCGCCUAAAACUAUAUGGUGAUGAAGCUUCAAAAGCGGCUAUGAACAAUAUUCAAAUUACAGUUCCAGUAGUUGAUUCUGAGCAAAGAUCUAUUGAAAUUAAUGAAACAAAACGCAGAUACUCAAAAACACCACCUCCUCGUUUAUCUGUUAAAGAACGCCUCGGCGGUAAAGUUGAAGAUGUACGAAGAGGAAGAGAACAGAGAGUGGUUCAAAGUACUGUUGAGCGUGUAAAAUCUAGGUCAAAAACUCCUAAACGUGAUCAGCGUGAUCAGCCUUAUCGACGCGUUACCGUGGAAAGAGAAAGAGGUCGUAAACUUGAUGGUAUUAACAGAAUUGAGUCUUCAAAAAGCGAUAGACGAAUUAUGUCUGAAGCAGUAAAAAGCUGUGAAAAACAUCGUGGACGAAGUCCAAGUGAUAAAAAGCAUUUUGACAAAAAUCUAAAAGACGAAAAAAAAUCAAGCGAAAGCACCGUAGUUCGUGAUCGAGGUCAAGAACGAAAUACAUCAAAUGCAAAAGUUGUCAAUGUUGAUCGAGAACGAAAGAAGUCAACCUUAGAUGAAGCUCACUUUGAACCGGAUUACGACGAAACUGUGGAAUCUGAUACUGAAAAUAAAGAUGAUGUCAUCAGAAAACGCGAACGUUCAUUAUCACCUGAUAAUAAUCUUAUUGAAGCCAAAAAGGUUAAAGUUGAUAAUGAAACUAUUAAACUGGAUUUAGCAAAUGUAAAAAAGAAACCUGAGUCCGAAAGUGAAUCCUCAAGUGAUUCAGAAUAUUCUUCAUCGUCGUCAUCCUCCGAUGCUAGAAAACGUAAGAAGAAGAAGAAACGUAGUAAGAAAAAGAAGAAACGUGCUGCGAGCGACAGUGAAAGUGACUCUGAAUCCAGUUCGGAUGACCAUAAGAAAAAGAAGAAGAAACGCAAACAUAAGAAGAAGUCUAGUAAAAAGAAAAAGAAAUCUAAACAUAAGUAA